AUGAGGUGUGUUGCUCAUGAGAACAAAGCUGGCUGGAACGGGAAGCCUCUCCAGUUGCUCCUCACCGGCGAGGAGUGUCCUGUGCAGACUGGCGCUUUGGGAAGAAGAAUGUUUCAGACAUUUAGAAAAUGGUUCUGGUCGGAGAGAUUCUGGCUUCCUCCGACAAUCAAGUGGUCAGACCUGGAAGAUCAUGAAGGGCUUGUCUUCGUGAAAGCAUCCCACUUGUACAUCACAAUUCCAUAUGCCCUUCUCCUAAUGGUCAUCAGAUACUUCUUUGAAAAGUUUGUUGCUACGCCUCUAGCAAAUGCAUUUGGUAUUCAUAAGACACAGCAUAAAAUCAAACCUAAUGCCAUCUUAGAGAACUUUUUCAAGCAUUCCACAAGCAAACCAUCACAUACUGAUGUUUAUGGACUGGCAAAGAAAUGUAACUUGACAGAGCGCCAAGUUGAAAGAUGGUUUAGGAUUCGGCAGAAGCAAAACAAGCCUUGCAGGUUGCAGAAAUUCCAGGAAUCUUGCUGGAGAUUUACAUUUUACUUCGUGAUAACUGUGGCCGGAGCUGCAUUUCUUUAUGAUAAACCAUGGGCGUACGACCUCUGGGAGGUUUGGCGUGACUAUCCCAGACAGCCCUUGCUGUCGUCUCAGUACUGGUACUACAUCUCGGAGAUGAGUUUUUAUUGGUCACUGGUGUUUAGCCUGGGCUCUGAUAUCAAGAGGAAGGAUUUCCUCGCUAAUGUCAUCCACCACCUGGCAGCCAUUAGUCUGAUGAGCUUCUCCUGGUGUGCUAAUUACAUUCGCAGCGGGACCCUCGUGAUGUUUGUUCAUGACAUAUCUGACAUUUGGCUAGAGUCUGCUAAGAUGUUUUCCUAUGCUGGAUGGAAGCAGACCUGUAACAUCCUGUUCUUCAUCUUUGCCAUUGUUUUCUUCUUUAGCCGGUUCAUUAUUUUUCCUUUCUGGAUUCUGUACUGCACCCUGAUCCUGCCUCUGCACUAUCUCAAGCCCUUCUUCUCCUACAUCUUCCUCAACCUCCAGCUCUUGAUCCUUCAGGGGCUCCAUGUCUACUGGGGUUACUUAAUCCUGAAGAUGCUCAACAGAUGCAUAUUCACAAAGAAUAUCCAGGAUGUGAGAAGUGACAACGAAGAGGAAGAAGAGGAGGAGGAGGAGGAAGAGGAAGAAGAGAGCACCAAAAGUAAAGAGACAGAGUAUUUGAAGAAUGGCCUUGGGACCAACAGGCAUCUCAUUCCCAAUGGUCAGCACGGCCGUUAG